GAGGGAAUUCCCCUUUUAACUGGGAUUGUACUUUCGUUUUGAUAGUUUGGUGUACGGACGUUGGUGAACUGCGUUGUUGUUAAAAUGUCUGAUAAGCGAGGAAAGAAGACAGUUGGUGAGGACCAGUCUGACGCUCGGGGCAACAAACCAGAUCAGAUAGAUGCUGUACGCUCAAGUCAACAGGUGUCUCCUGCACCAGAAAAUGGAACAGAAGUCAGAAUGACAGUUUCUGACCUGACCAGGGACACUUAUGAAAUAGACACAGAGCGAUUCCCGCACAAGGGCAAAGUUCUCAUCUUCAACAACAUCAACUUCAAUAAUGGGAUGCCUGAUCGAGUCGGUAGCGACCAAGAUGCUUCCACUAUGUACCAAAGAUUCUGUGAUUUGGGGUUUGAACCAACGUUGUUUAACGACUGUACUCAUGAUGAUAUCAUGGAAAAGCUCAAAGGAGUUGCGAGUGAAGACCAUGGCUCAUACAGCUGUUUUGCGUGUGUGGUUUUGUCACAUGGGGAUCAAGAUGGUAUCUGGGCAACAGACAAAUCUCCUGUCCUCAAAACUGAACACCUAAUGGCUACAGUGAACGCUCAAAACUGUAAAAGUCUUAUUGGGAAGCCGAAGCUCUUCAUCAUUCAGGCUUGUCGGGGGCUUCAAUCGGAUCAAGGUGUGAUAGUCGACGUUAAUGACAGAGUGCUGUCAGACGCUGCGGGGGAAACUGAGGAGUAUCUUGCACAUCUUACACAGCAGGAGAACAUGUAUCAAAAUGUCCGCCUUCCCACCGACAUGGAUUUUCUCCUUGUCCAAGCUACAAGUCCAGGAAAGACAUCCAUCAGGAACACACAGACCGGAUCUCCCUUCAUACAGUGUCUGUCUGAAGUGAUGUCCAAUAUGGAGGAAACUGAUGAAUUUCUUGAUGUUCUCACAAAAGUUAACAGAAAGAUGGCCUUCAAUUUUUCCAACGGGCAUGGAGAAAGAAGCCGAAUCAGUGUGACACAGAUGCCCUGCUUUACUUCAAUGCUUACCAAAAAGCUGUUGUUGAAGAAAGGGUGCUGAGUCAGCAUACUUACACAGAAAGGACACAAGGACAAGAGGAAUUACACAUACAAUUUCAUACAUAGAAAGUAUGGAACCAUACCAACCCUCAACACUUUAUAAAUAGAAAGUAUGGAUCUAUAGCAACCAUCAACACUUCAUAAAUAGAAAGUAUGGAUCUAUAGCAACCAUCAACACUGUAUACAUAGAGAGUAUGGAUCCAUAGCAACCAUUAUGAUCAACACUGUAUGGAUCUAUGGCAACUAUCAACACUGUAUUCACAGAGAAUAUGGAUCCAUAGCAACCCUCAACACUGUAAACAUAGAAAGUAUGGAUCCAUAGCAACCCUCAACACUGUUAACAUAGAGAGUAUGGAUCCAUAGCAACCCUCAACACUGUAAACAUAGAGAAUAUGGAUCCAUAGCAACCCUCAACACUAUAAACAUAGAAAGUAUGGAUCCAUAGCAACCCUCAACACUGUAAACAUAGAAAGUAUGGAUCCAUAGCAAGCAUCAACACUAUAAACAUAGAGCGUAUGGAUCCAUAGCAACCCUCAACACUGUAAACAUAGAAAGUAUGGAUCCAUAGCAACCAUCGACACUGUAAACAUAGAGAGUAUGGGUCCAUAGCAACCAUCAACACUGUAAACAUAGAGAGUAUGGAUCCGUAGCAACCAUCAACACUGUAAACGUAGAGAGUUUGGGUCCAUAUCAAUUAUCGACACUUUAUACAUAGAAAGUAUGGAUCUAUAGCAACCAUCAACAAUGUAAACACAGAGAAUAUGGGUCCAUAGCAACCAUCAACAUUGUAAACAUAGAUAGAAAACUGUUUUUUUUUUAAAUAUUGGUUAAAACUAAAAAUUCCGAAUAAUUGCAUUUUAAAAACAUGUUACGAGGAAAGAAUUUUGUCAAAUGAUAAUUGCAUUUUAGAUAUCCGCACUGAACUCAACAAAUUGGAAUUAACUUACCUUUGGGAAAAUGUAAGCAAUGAUAGAAAUAUCUAUACAAUCAUUGAGCAAAGACUUUUCGACCUUUACCGGCAGGAAAUAUUAACUAAUAUCCAAUCAACUCCGAAAGGAUUCCUUUAUCAACAUCUAAUAGAUAAUUUUUCUGUGCAAUCAUAUUUAAUAAAACAUUAAAUAACUCAUAUAAAAAGACUUUAGCUCGCUUUAGACUUAGCUCUCAUAAUUUAAAUAUUGAACAGGGAAUAUAUAGAAAUCUUUCUAGAGAUCAGAGAUUUGGUAACUUAUGUAACUCUAAUGAUAUUGAAGAUGAAUUUCAUAUUAAAGUGUAACUUUUAUAACGACUUAAGGUGCGAGUUUAUUAAGCCUUUUUAUUACAAACGACGAAGUGUUUUUACAUUGAUUCAGUUAAUUAUUACUGAAAACAUUAAGGAAUUGAAUAAAUUAGGAAAAUUCCUGUUUUUUAAUUUAAAACGUUGUAAUAGCACUGUAUAAUAUUUUAUCCCAUUCUUCCUGCAAAUGUACAUUUCAGUAUACCAUAUUUGAUAAGAUACUUGUACUAUGUGUAUUGUGUAAAAAAAAAGAUGAUUGUGCCCGUUCAUUACCUUUCCUAUGUGAUAUAAAAUAUAUGGUAAAUUAAUCAUAAUUAACAACGUCGAAACAUCAACGAGUAUUUUCUAUAUUGUAAUAUCACUGUCACUAACGUCAGGUGUAACAUCAUAUUUAUUACACUAUGGCAGAGUAUUUUAUUGUUCUUUGCUGUUCUACUAGAGUGUAUUUAUUCGUACAUAUGUGCGAUACAAUGUAUGUAACUUUAUUAAAUCCUGUUAUCAUUACCUGUAACGUACGUCAUUGAAAGUUAUCAUUGUAUUAUUAUCAUUGUAAUAUACUAUUGUUAUGAUUUCCCUGUAUCGGAACCUUAUGAUGUUGGUGUAUUUCAGUGUAAAAUGCUGUCUCUUAUGAUAUAUAUCAUUUUGUCGUACUGCACAAUUAAUGAGUUAUCACGUAUACCAUUAUACAAUAUGCAUCAUAUUGCAUUGGACUAUUAUUGUAUACAUGUAUCAUUGUAAAUUUGUAAUACACUGUACUAUUUGUAUGUCUACUCUCCAAUGUGUCUUACACAAGGAAUAAAAACAAUCAAUCUGA